AUGUCCAAGGAUAGCAACAAAGUUAAAGUUUCCACCUUCCCUGGCUGCACCACUAAAGAUAUGCACGAUCAUAUCAAGCCAAUCUUAAAGGAGCUCGGUAACGAUCUUCGUUCUGCUCACAUCGCUAAUUGUGUCUUCAACAAUUUUUUGUCCUAUACCGCCAUCAUGUUGAACAUUGUGACAAUCCAUGCGAUAAGAAAAGCUUCGUCGGUGCCAAAGACUUUAAAAACAUUGCUCCUGAGUCUUGCUGUUUCUGAUCUUGGUGUUGGUUUGUUAGGUCAGCCUUUAUACACCUCUGUUCUGGCAAAAUUGUUACAAAAACAAAACCCUGGCUGUCAUACCUAUUUGGUUUUUGGAUUCAUUGUAACUGUGUUUUUGUUCGCCUCUUUCUUCGGUGUUGUGACCAUAAGUGUAGACAGGUUCUUAGCGAUUCAUCUUCAUCUCAGAUAUCAGGAACUUGUGACUCACAAGCGUGUUGUUACUGUGGUGAUCUCCAUAUGGCUACUUAGUGUAUUCCUUUCUUUGACGCCGUCCUGGAUUUCGCUCGAUAUCUACUCACUUAUUAGUUUAUUUCUUGACGUUAUUGGUUUUCUUCUUACGACCGUGGUUUACAUCAGAAUUUAUUUUGCCGCAAGACGUCACAAGAAUCAGAUUCAGACCCUGCAAGCACAGGGAGGAGCAGAGAAUGGCGAAAUGACAAAUUUUGCUAGCCUUGUUAAAUCUGCAGUCGGUGUUUUCUACGUAUAUCUCGUGUUUUUGGUUUGUUAUUUGCCUUUCUUUAUCAGUGUGGCAGCCGUUGCAAUCAACGGCUCCAGUAUUUCCUUAAAGAGAUUUUCCCUUUUCUCAUGGACUCUCUUAUUUCUUAACUCAUCGUUGAACCCACUAAUUUAUUGCUGGAAGAUGAGACACAUUCGACACGCUAUCAUGGACUUAUUGCGGAACAUGCCAUGGUUCAGAAAUCGCGGAACACGCUAAUCUUAAGGCCAACCACCUUCAGUGUUUUUUAUCAGUGUUCAAUCCAGUAAUUUACUGUUUUAAGAUGACACAACAACAUUCAGUAGGCUAUCAUUAACAUUCUGCCGGGGGAAAUGUAGAAAUUGCACAUCACUUUCCAUAAGUAGCAGUUUAAAACCAUCCAAAGAACUGCUUUAAAAUGGUCUCCCUUUCACAUUUGUUGGUACAUGGUUAGGGAACAUCGAUGUAAUUUGUUGUUGGUUUUAGCUUUUUGGUUUAUCAGUUGUCUCUAAAGUUUUCCUAUAUAUGGAGGCACCCUUAAGAUUGUAAUUUUUAAUUGAUUAUAAUGUCAAUAAACAUGGAGAUAUUCUAACUUGAGUUAGAUUUGUUGUGGCUAUUAAUAUCAUUUUGAUUACUGCAAAAGCUUUUUAUCCUCGGUCUUAUAGUUAGUAGAAGUUUCACAUCAUACGGUAUUGAUUCCCUAAAACAAUCUGCUCCUACAGGA